CUAGGGCCAAACUCGAGCGAUUUCUCAGCCAUGUCCGUCGAAAAGGGUAUGGAACAUUUGAGCUUUUUAUUUCGAUUUCAUCUUGGUAAUGGUACUAUCAUCAAUCGGAAUAGAAGGUUACUGCGAUACUAUUGGCUGUGUUAUGCAAAAGUGUUCAACGAAUCACUUUCGCUGUUUGCUUGUGUGCUUUUGGGUAGAAAUCGGGAUGCUGGAUUAUCUGUUCUUGUUCGUUAAUGAAUGAAUCGACUAAUUGAAUGCCUCUUUUUUGUUUUGUCAAUCUUACCAGUUGAAUGCGAAUUUCUUCGUGUUUGUCUUUCUCCUACUUCAAAUCUUUAUUCUCUACUUUAUCUUCUCCGUCUCGAUCGUCCCGUUUCUACUCUUCUUCAUCUCGGAACCAGAGCACUAAAACUCAUUCAGUCCGGCCAUCUCCAAGACCAGCUCUCGGGCCUAAGUCGCCGGCGUCUUAUUAUGCCUCUCUCCUCCAAUCUUGCGGCGUUCAAAAGGCGAUAGAGCCUGGAAAGCAGCUUCACGCUCGGAUUUGGCAAAUGGGUCUUGGAUUCAACCCUCUUUUGGCUACUAAACUAAUCAAUCUUUACUGCGUCUGCAACUCUUUGAUAAAUGCUCAUCUCUUGUUCGAUAGAAUUUCCAAACGGAGUCUCUUCCUUUGGAAUGUUAUGAUACGAGGUUAUGCUUGGAAUGGACCAUAUGAGGUUGCAAUUUCACUUUACUAUCAAAUGCAGGAUUAUGGAUUUGUGCCCGAUAAAUUUACCUUUCCAUUUGUGCUCAAAGCUUGCUCGGCUCUUUCUGCAAUGGAAGAGGGAAAGAAGAUUCACGAACAUGUCAUAGGCGCUGGAUUGGAGACUGAUGUGUUUGUGGGUGCAGCCCUGAUUGAUAUGUAUGCUAAGUGUGGUUGUGUAGUGAGUGCCCAACAGGUGUUUGAUAAAAUGGUUGAGAGAGAUGUUGUGUGUUGGAACUCCAUGCUUGCAGCUUAUUCCCAAAAUGGGCAACCAGAUGAUUGUCUUUCUCUUUGUAGGGAGAUGGCGUAUGCUGGAGUGAACCCCACCGAGGGGACGCUUGUCAUCUCCAUCUCAGCUUCAGCUGAUAGUGUCCUUCUUCCUCAAGGGAAAGAGCUUCAUGGUUAUAGUUGGAGACAUGGAUUUGGGUUGAAUGACAGGGUGAAAACUGCAUUGGUGGAUAUGUAUGCCAAGUGUGGCUCUGUACAUGUUGCUAGGAGUCUGUUUGAGUUGUUGAAGGAGAAGAGGGUAGUCUCUUGGAACGCCAUGAUCUCUGGGUAUGCAAUGCAUGGCCAUGCUAAUCAAGCUUUGGACUUGUUUAAGGAGAUGAAAGAGAUAGCUCUCCUUGAUCAUAUAACUUUUGUUGGAGUUCUGGCUGCUUGCAGCCAGGUGGGUUGCUUAAUCAAGGGGAAGAUGUACUUCAGAUCAAUGUUAAGUGAUUACAUUAUACGUCCUACUGUUCAACAUUACACUUGUAUGAUUGAUCUACUUGGUCAUUGUGGUCACUUGGAAGAAGCUUACAACCUCAUAAUGGAAAUGAGAGUAGAGCCAGAUGCUGGUGUGUGGGGUGCCUUGCUUCACUCGUGCAAAAUCCAUGGUAAUGUGGAGUUGGGCGAGCUAGCGUUAAGGAAGUUGGUUGAGCUCGAACCUGACAAUGGCGGGAACUAUGUGAUUUUGUCGAACAUGUACGCGCAAGCAGGUAAAUGGGAAGGAGUUGCAAGACUAAGGGAUGUCAUGAUGGAUAGGGGGUUGAAGAAAAGUAUAGCUUGUAGUUGGAUAGAAGUGAGGAACAAAGUCCAUGCCUUCUCGUCAGAAGAUACUUCGCAUCCCGAGUCUGAAGCAAUCUAUGCCGAGCUAAAACGGAUAGGGAAGUUGAUGAAAGAGGCUGGCUAUGCACCACAAAUCGGGUCGGUUUUCCACGAUGUCGAAGACGAUGAAAAGGCUGAUAUGGUGUGUGGUCACAGUGAAAGACUGGCCAUUGCUUAUGGACUCAUCAGCACAGCUUUGGGAAGUAGGCUCUUGAUUAUCAAGAACCUUAGAGUUUGUGAGGACUGUCAUGUUGCGAUUAAGUUCAUAUCGAAGAUCACGAAGAGAGAAAUAAGUAUUAGAGAUGUUAAUCGUUAUCAUCACUUCAAAGAUGGACUUUGCUCCUGUGGUGAUUUCUGGUGAAUGGUUGGAAAGAAAUUUUUGUAUAGUCCACCAUUCCCAGACCUAUAGCGGUAAACGAAUCAUUAAGACUCACAUUGAUUUUAAUUGAUUGAAUUGGUUCGAUUUAGAGACGAUGGAAAGAAAUGUAACUAUCUCGCCCAACCGAAGGGGACCUUUGGAGGUAUUGGGGUCAAGAAGAGCGGGAAUAAAAGAGACUUCUUUACUAUAUACAUCACAUACAUACCAAAUAUUAAGAUAAAUUAAGAGUCCCAUAGAUUUAUGUCUU